UUUUAAGACACGAUUACUAAAGUACCUAACUUCAAAGUUCAAACCUGGGCGCCUGCCGCCUGGGCAUCAUGCUUUUUAUCAGUGGACAGAAUUAUGAUACAUUGAGUGAGACAUCUAAUGAUGAAAUUGUUUCAAUACAUAAUGCUUAUAAAAAGGAAUUUGGUCGUCUCAGCAAAGAACAUCAGUGUAAUUUAAAUAGUUUAGAAGAAUGCUACAAAGAACAAAUAUUAUGUAUAAUUAAAGAAAAGGAUUCGGYAUCUCUUCAAUUACUAUCAAUUUUUCAAUCGUUAUAUGAGCAUUUUCAACAAAAGUUAAAAAAAAUAAGACCAAAAAAUAAUAGAGUAAUCGACAAGUCUGGUGAGAAAAUAGAUUUUAUUAAUGAAAGAUACCAAUGUAUCAUAAAUGGCUAUGAAAAUAARCAACAAGAGUUAUUCAAAGAAAUUUUAGAAUUAAAAAAGAUUAUAAUGGAAGAAAAGAAGAUYCAUUUAAAUGUUUCAUCAAUUGAUCUGCUAGAGAAAGAAAAUUCUAUCUUAAAGCAAAAUUUGAAUAAUAAUGAAUCAAAAAGAAGCUCAAUGCUGCAUUUAAUAACUGGAGUUCUUGUAUGGUGCUUAGGUGUAAUAGCUUAUCAAAAAAAGGUAACUGCCGAGUUAAAGUAAAAUAAUGCUGGUGUAGUUUAUUUGAUAUUUUUAAAUGUGUAGUUUAAUCACAAAUACAUUAAACAAUGUGAAUGGAUCUUUGAAAAAAUAAGACAACCUAUUAACAUUAAAAAUUUGUUUUGGAUAAUAUUCAAUAUUCAAAGUGUACUAAUGUGUAAUGUAUCUGCACAAUAACGAAACAGAUCCAACUACCCGUAAAGGGAAAAUAGCGUACUUGGAGCUACCUAUUAGGUUUUGUAUUUGCUGGUGAUAAAUCAAAUAGCUCAAAAAAWUUAAUAUUUUUUUUAAUUAUCGAAGUUUUGUAAAA